AUGAUCUCAACUGCAUGUCUUGCGGAGCAGCAGGUGCGUCUGGCUGUACCUGUUCCUAUUCAAAGGGAGGCGCUUGAACUUCUUCAUCUACGUAGCGUGCGGUUUGCCAGCGAGGUAUCCGAGCGACGAGACAUUGACAUCAGCCGUUGGCCGGGAGUCUACGUCCAUCCUGGAGAAUUCAAGCCCCCAACGGCCAACGUCGAAGACGAAGGCGAAGCGUGGAUUCGAUUCCGCGACCGGUACAGGAGGCUACAGGCACAUCGUCAUUUGCCGAAGGCCGAGCGUAGGAAGAGGCAGCGAGAGAUCCUCGUGGUGUCCGAUGGCCAUUCAACGACGCACAAGACAUCCACAUCCGGACGUCCGGCUCAGACUGACGGGGCUUCUGUGAACGAAACCAUCAAGCUCAAGAUCGACGAGGCUCUCAGGGCGGCGAAGUCAGAGGACAAGAGAGAGGCCAUCCUGCAUUGGCUUAUCGUCAAGCUGGCUGUUCUGCUCGAGAAGAUAUCUGGUGGAGACGAGUGUGCGGUCACGACAUAUUGA